GCAGCAGAGCGCUUCACGUCAACAAACAUUUCACCACCAGAAGAAGAAGAAGUGUCAAACGCCUGUUAGCUGUUAGCUGCUAACUGAUAUAUAUAUUUACAGCAGCUCAAUGUUGUCCUUCCUCUGGCUCUAGUGACGUAAUGGAGCUGGUAUGGGAGGACCCUCUAGUCCCUGAGACUCCUUUCUUUACCAGAGAUCUCUACGACAAAUAUUCACUUGCCCCAAAUAUCAGAGAACUGUGGGCCUUUCUCCAAAGUCCUGUAGAGGAUAUCAAACAUGAGCAAGCAUCCUGCUCUGCUUCCACAAAAGAAUCUGCAGAGUUUAAAGAUAACAGUUACAUCAGCAAGGAAGAGUCCUGUUGGGACAGCUGUGAUAGUGAUGAACCGUGUGCAGACAAUGCUGCUGGAGGAGGUACAGAAGAAUGUAAGGAUACUGAAAAAUCAAGAGUUAAGCUCAAGCAGGUUGAGAAUAAGGCGGAUGCUGCUUAUCCUGAACCCAGACUGCCCUUCCCCCGUAUGUCCAGUCUGUCAUUCAAAGACCAGAAGAAAUAUCUUGGCUUUUUGAUGAGUAAGAAAGCAAAGGAUCCUCCACAGAACUUGCAGGCACGAGUAAACGAUGAAGUGAUGCAGUUCACGAGGUACCUGCAAGAUGUGGCCAAAAUAUGUGCGGAUGACUACAACUUCAUAUCUCAGGGAGCGAUGCAAUAUUCAGAGGAGUUCUUCUGGGGCUGUUUGAAGCUCAUUAACAAGACAUUUCCUGAGCUCUACCAGAUCCAUGAGAUGACUAGUUUGACAGGGGGAACAUUCAACCCAGGACUGGAGCUGACCUUUGAGAAACAGCUGCUGAUCAUGGGCAAUGUGGAUAUUACAGACCACAAGAUAGUGCCUGCUGAUGCACAGCUUGCAUCGGAUUAUCAGAGUGUUUCAUCAGAGAAUCCUCCAGCUAAAACCAAGGACAUGCACGCUACAAUCAGUGAUGAUAGUAAUGCCAAUAACCUGUGUGCCCGUUAUGAGCCUCACGUGUGUCUCACUCGAGAUGCCCUCGUCAGGCUGCUAGACAACCAUGGCCCUGACUUCGGAGAGCAAUGGGAACUGCCCGUUUGGGUCAAAUUAAACCCAGGAAAAGGCAGUAGUCAGAAGAAGACUGUGUACUUUGACUCACCCUUUCUGAAGACUGAAAUGACCGUGAGAGAGAGGAGUCACAUCUACCACGAGGAGAGCUUGAAGCUUUCCAUCAAGAAGAAUGGAAGUAAAAAUGUUUUCCAUUUAAUGACCGAGCUUCCUGAGGAUGAACACAAACGCCCACCGGAGAGCUCACAAAGAAACAUAGUGUCUUCUGAAAACAAUGGUCUUGACUUUGAGGUGGACCUCAUUGACCUGGAGACAUUUGGAGAGGCACCUUUAACUAAGACUAAAAGGUCUGGAGAGCAUCUUGUAAACACUAGCAGCAGUUCACAAGGAGAGAUGAACUCCUCAUUGACAGAUGUGGAUGAUCCGGUAACAAAAGAGACAACUCAGCCAGAUGUGAAUGAGGCCACUGCACCAAAAAGUGAACAAAUGAAACCAGACUCUGCUCAAGAAAGUGACAACGAUGUAACUUUUAUGGGAGACUCAGAUGAGGAGAAGCUGGUCAUUGAUGACUAUGUGUCUCCAGCUAGAACACCUAUAUCACAAUGUAAGCCUACGACAACACCACAGUCUGCAGACCACCCGAUUACCCCUGUCUCCGAGUCCGCACCUGUAAAUUCAGAGUCAUCUUCCCCUCAGAAAGUUACAAAGCAGAGGCGACAAGCCAAAAGAGCAAAGGUAUCUGGCGACCAGCUGGGUGAUAUUCUGCGCAUGCAGACAGCCAUGUUCAGCUAUGCCAGUGACACAGCAAAAUGCUCCACCAUAUCCCAGGAGACCAACUCACCCACCCGAGGUGCGGGACCCUCAGUUCACUCCCAUCCAACGUCUCUGGUGAAGCCCUGUGUGACCUCAUAUUUGGAGAGAAUCCAGAACCAGGAUGGAGAGACCUGCGCUGUUCCUCACGAAUCUGCACCAGGGGUCAACGUUGCUACUACAGAGCACAAAAAAAUACUGUCACAAGACCUGCAGGCUGCUGCGGAAGAUGAACAAGAUUACAAGGCUCCAGAGGAAGGCAACCUGCUCUACAAACUCUACAGUCUGCAGGAUUUGCUGCUCAUGGUGCGCAGCUCUGUCUCACUGACCCAUACCAGAAAUGUAGGACGAAACAACCAAAACCAGCAUGUGCCAGUGCAUGUCUUGCCCAAGCUGGAGUACCAGUUGAGUUAUGGUGUUGAGUGUCUAAGCAGCAGUGAGGCUUGCCAGCUGUGGACCGAGACAUUGCUGCACUCCAGCACUGUAUCCUACAUAGCUCACAUCAAUGCGCACACAUCAAAAGUAGCUCUGCUGAGAAAGCUGCCUGACGACUGGAAACCGAACGUCUCCUGUGGGUUCAAGCCAUCCAAGUCGCUGAAUAUACUGCACCACCUACUGAAAAAGCUAACUCGGUUAGAGGAAGGACAGUACCUGAUUGCGCACAAGGCAGGGGAACCGUUCGUGACCUUAUUAAAAGCAGCUAAUGGAAGAGUGAGUCGGGGGGCGUACAACCUGCAGCAGGUCCACAGCUCAGUCCCACUGCCCCCGGCAUCCGGUCGCGUGCCCUGGAUACCUGUUGAUCCAGCUGUGGUGCUGCCCUUCCACCAGAAGCACCGCCAUGUCCCCUGCACCUUCCCUCCAAAACCCUUGGUAAAGACAGCGAAAGAUGGGCCAUCGCAGUCCAACAACCACGGAGCCGGGCAGUCAAAUAACAACUCCAACGCAGGUCGCAACUUGAAGAAAAAACAAAGGAAACGCGCGGCCAAGCGUAAAAAAUAUAUUACAAAGCUAGUUCAGAAGUCCAUUUAAAAAUCAGCACGUAAAAUAAUUUCAUAUCAUGUCAUUCAUAUCAUUUCAUAUAAGGUGAGUCAGAUGAGGAGCUGGACCUGUACUGCUGAGGAAAGGACAGGAAAGGACUGACAAUAUCUCAUACAUUAUGAUCUUAAACAUAAACAUGCCGAAGCACUUUGAGAGUUAUAGAAUCUAUACUUUUUUUAUAUUUUAGUUUUGUUCAGAGACAUUUUUGUAUAUUUUUGUUAAUUGUAAUGUUUUGUGAAAACAGUUCAACAAUAAACGUUGUUUAAGUAUCCA